AUGAGUGAUGCCUUAAGGGCGUCUAUUGCUGCAGCUAAUACUGCUGCUUACCGAUUUCACUGUGACAAUAGCGAAAGUAAUGCCUCUUUAUUGGAUACUCAAUUAGGGAAAUUGGUACAGUUAACGAAUAUUUUGGAUUCAUCGGCCAGAUUGAGCAUAUAUGAUCAUCAAUUAUGUGAGCUACUUCGUCAUUGUUCGAUACUAUUGAAUGAUAUUUCUACAUCGGCGAUUACUCGUUCUCGUUUGCAUCUUUUUCUUUUCAACUUAGCUUUUCACAAUAUCUCAAUCAGAAAGUAUCUAGCAGGAGAAGAUUUACAAAUUUGUGGAGCAGUUUUUGAAUGCCUAAAAUUGUCGCUGCGAGACCAGCUUGGCCCGCAGAAUCUUAUCGACGUAUUGCGAUUACUUCAGGUACUCACUUAUGAACGAAAUGUAGUGCUUGGAAUAUGGACGAAUGAUCUUAUUUCAUUUCUUUUAAGCGAAGUGACUUGCGAUGAUGAGCCGGAAUGGCUCCCUUAUUGCGUAGCCAUACUGUGUAACCUUGCUGCUCGAUCAAAGUCCGCUUGUUUAAGAAUACGCAAAUCGUCAUCCUAUAAGGCCUUCACUCACAAACUGCUGAAACUGUUAGCUCAUGAUUCGCGAACUGUGGUUAUUUCAUCUCUUGUACUUGUCGGUUUUCUGGAGGAAAAACUUCGUGACACGGUAUUUUGUGCUCGAAACAUUCCUCAAACAUUCCGGUGUGUUUUCAACGUUCUAAUUCUGGGAGAUCAUUUGAUGACUCGACAUAUCGCUGUUGAUUUAUUGAAGCGUUUGAUCAUUAGCGAUUCUUCUGGUGUAUCAUCGUUUCCAACAAUUACAUCUACAGGCAAAGAUCUCACUUCCUACUCAUAUUUCGAAAACACAAUUCAACUUGUUGCAGGUCUUUUUGUUCAGAUUGAUCCUCGCACUGAAGAAUCGCUUAAAAUAUACGAUCUAUUCUUGUUAUUUUGUUCGAUAGCACAGUUACGGUCAGCAAUCACCCAAGCUGUUUUGCGGUGCUCACCACGCGAAGAGAGACUGACAACGCCAAUUCUAGCUAUUUGCAACACAUCUGGUCUAUCCUUCGAUGAAGCCAUUCAGCCUGAAAUCCCCUUGAAGGCUAUGCGUCUUCUCAUUUAUUUACUUCAGGAACUGAUCGAAAACAACGGCCAUGUACAAAAUGUUUUGCCUAUUGAACAUAUUUUACGACUUAUCGAAAAUAAUACAAAAACAGCGAUUGAAACAGUUAGCAGUCUUGUAAAAUUUCAAUGCCAAAGAAUAACCGAAGGGUUGCGACUGGUUGAAAUGGUUUUAAAUGAUGAUGAAAUAAAAACUGAUUUAUUAGAAGUUAUCACUGCCCCGCUUUGCUCUCACAUCAUCGAAUCACAAAUGAUCUCAAAUACUGUUGUUACCUACGUAGGACAACUUGCAAUGCAACGUGGAUCUUUGCCUGAAUGGUGCGUUGAUGGCGUGGUAGUUGUUUUGAAACUGUUGAGAGUUUUGGUUUUACUGAAGGAUUAUUCAAAGUCGCACGAAGAUUUAUAUUGGAAAGUACUAAAGGACGAUCGCCUAGUGCCGUUCAUCGCAUAUGCAGUCACUAAUGGUGGUACCGACUUGACGCAUGAAGCUUUACUUCUUUAUAUACAUUGUGCACAAAGUCACACCUUUCCCACAAAAUGGUUGGGAGAUUUGAUAGCAAGCUGUAUCAGAGAAAAGACAAUAGCAUCUAAUAUAGCAAGGAACUGCUUAUCUCGCGGGUCCUCAGAAGUUAUUUUAAAUAGUGAUGCUGAUGAUUUCUCGAUGGAUGGUAGGAAAACACCCAGUGAUCGUUUGGCACGAAAAAAUGAAACUGCAAGGCAAGUCGAUGAUGUAUCAGAUAAGUUACGGCAAGGCAAUGAUUUCAAAGAUCCUCGAAUAUCUCAGUUAUUAAGUAUGUAUGAGAAGGAAAUACAAACUAUGAAAAUUCGAGAAAGAGAAUUGGAGGGAAUGAUGGUGAAAAUGGAAGAUUCAUUGCGUCUUAACAAACAUUUUCAAAAUCUGCAUAACAAGGAAGGCAGUGAGAACGAGUUCUUACAGAUAAUAAGCCUUCGGAAAUCGGUUGCUGAUCGCGAAAAAAAAAUCGAGGAUCUGAACGCGCUUCUAACUUCUCUUUACUCAGAGAAAAAAGAAAUAGAAGAAACAUCUGAAGCUUAUAAGAAAAUAGUGGAGGAUAAGAAAAUGGAAGUGGCUAUGCUCAGUGACAAACUUGAAAAAAUAACGCAAGAAAAGAAUAUUUUACAAGAAGAAAAUAAAAGUGAAAGAGAGUUUGCUACACUAACGAAGAGCCAUUACGACGAGUUGAAAAAAAAAUUUGCCCAAGCAUCAAAUGCGUUGAUUGAUAAAGACAAAGAAUGUAUUCAACUCACCAAUGAAUUUAAAGUCUUGGAACUAAAUUUGGUAGCUAAGAAAGCAGAAAACAGUGAGAUGGCGGAUAAUUUGAAGCACGCGCAGAGAAAACUGGAGGAAAUAACGAAUGCUAAAGAAUUUGAAGUGAAAUGUUUGCAGGAUUUGCUGGAUAAAAAAGGUGAAGAAGUUGAACGUCUCAACAAGGAGUUACAGAAGGUUUUGAAGUUCAAAAACCAAAUGAUGCAGAUGAUGAACGAGAUUUGA